UAUCAAUACUAGCGAGCGCCAGCGCUGUUCCUUGUGAAUCGCAUUACAUCUCUCUUAUUCAGAUCAAUUAGAUCUCCCCAUUACUACUCUCUUUAGAGCGUAGAUUCCUCAAAUCCUACACCGACCCUUCCCUCACGGUCCUCAAACAACCACCGCCCCGGGAAAACCAAGUACAGUACCCCGCCACAACUCCCGCCGCAACACAACACACCACAACACAACAACAAUCCUCAGUUCAACCCUCCCCUCGAGCCUCAAACACUCAAACCACCUACCAACUCUACUUGCGCACAUCCAACCCCCCAACAAAACCACCACCACCACAACCACCAAAAUGUCCACCCACCCCUCACCCCCGGCUCCGCCAGCAGGAACCAACUACCUGGACCUAGGCAUCACGCUGGCCCUGCACAACUGGCCCGCGCUCACGCUGGCCGUGCAAUCCCUCUGGGGCGGCCCGACCUCGGCCGACAAGCGCGACUGGCUGUGCGGGGCGAUCUCGGAGAUGCUGGCGACGCGGCCGGAGACGGACUCGUACGACCUGGAGGACGUGCUGGUGCAGGUGAUGACGGACGAGUUCGACGUGGACGUGGACGACGAGAGCGCCGCCGCCGUCGCGGACCAGAUCAUGGAGAUGAAGGCGCAGACGGAGCGCGGCGAGUACGCCGGCAUCCAGCACAUGUGGGAGGUGUACCAGCGGAAGGGCGGGGACACGGCUGUUGCGGGGAUUCAGCGCGCGGCUGGGGCGGGGACGGGAGAGGAGGAUAGUGAGGAUGAGGAUGAUGAGGACGAGGACGAGGACGAGGAGAUGGAUGUGGAUAUGGUUGAUGGUGAUGCUGCGGUGGCGCCGGCGUUGGUGCGCGCGCCGAGGGAGAAGGUCGAGCCUGAGGUCGAUGAUGAUGGGUUUACCACGGUCGUGUCGAAGAAGCGUCGGUGAUGCUUCAUCUGAUUUUUUUGUUUUCGGAGGUGGAGGUUGUGCUUGAUACUUGCUUGCUUGCUGCGAUGCUUUUUUCCGAGCUGUAUGUAUGUAUUUAUUCCGAUUCCCCUUUUUUUCUCUCUUGUGAUAUAGAUGAAUACACUGCCAUGGGUUUACUAUACUAUACUAAAAGACUUUCUUUGGUCUUGGUGUAUUCUGAAGCAAAUGCUGGGUGGGC